UUGUGAUUAAUACUCUGACCACCAGUGCAAACACAAUGAACGAGAAACCAAAGUUAGAUAAAAUACCACAACUCGGCCUCCCUCCUAUGGAGUUAGCUGAACCAAUUGCGAAUGAUCGAACAUUGAACAAAUGCACGAAUCCCUUCGUACAAAGGUUGUUGGGCGGUGUUAUUUUAUUUCUAAUUACUGCCGGAUCAUACAUCUUGCUAUUGACUUUAUUGCAAUAUUUUGAUAAUACCCGCACUGAGAUCAUCAUAGUCACAGCACCGCAAACGAUAUCAAAUGUAACUGUCGAUAAAGGUAAUAUCGAAAUCCACGUUCAAUCGAAAAACAAAACUACGCUUCCACUGAAGCGAGUAAAAAGAGAUCUAGUUACGCUCUAUGAAAACAGUGACAAAGGAAAAUACAAGGAAAUUUUAAAUGGAAAACAAAUGAACGAAGCUAGGGAUAUGCUAAUGAAGUACAAUGUAUCUUGCAGUCAAGAGAAUACUAUUGAAAUAUGCAAAGAUUUGGUUACGAAAUUACAAUCUAUAGUUGACAAUAACAAAGAUUUUGAUGACAAUAAAGAUAAUUUAUCGAAUCCUAGAGGUAUGGGAAUUAAUGCAAAUAGAGACGUAGAAGAAUUGUCGUCUACAGAAAAAUCGAAAAGGCAAACACGGCCUUUGGAAAAUAUAGAAAUGAUAAGAGUUGUCCCAAAUAUGCCUUUUCACGGUAAGAAGAGUUAUACGUAUGAAAACUAUCAACCAGGAUCAGUACCUUCGGAGCCUCAACAUUUACAUACUUCACCGAUUGCUGAUUCGUGUCUAUUAGCCCGUAUUUUGAAACAGAAUUACCCAAGUUCUCAUAGCAUAUACGAUUCACCACCAACUGAAUAUCUGCCGAGUCAUUACGACAACCCUCCUGUUUACUCCAGAUUUACUCCAGCAACUAUACCAUCUUCGUAUUUCCAAAGUCGUGACACGGAGUCAUCAAAACGUAAAAUCCAUCCUCAGGACUAUGAAAUAUUACAAACAAUAAUUGGAAAAACACCACAAAUCGAUAAACAUGUGACAAGGACACGCGAAGCCGAGUGCCCCGUAGGCAAUUUGUCUUGUGACAGUGGGGAUUCUUGUAUUGAGGCUAAGCAAUGGUGCGAUGGAAAUGUUGACUGUUUUGACGCAAGUGACGAAUCCAGAUGCAGCUGCAAAUCUAGAGUCGACAAAUCCAGACUGUGUGAUGGUUAUUUCGACUGUCCUUCGGGCGAAGAUGAGAUGGGGUGUAAUGGAUGCAGCGAAUCCACAUUCAGUUGUGAAGAUUUGGAUAUAAACUCACAAUCUACAUGUUUUAAUAAAGAGCAAAGAUGUAAUAACAUUGCUGAUUGUCCCAAUCGUAGAGAUGAAUUGGACUGCACUAUGCUUGCACCAACUUUGCACAAGAAACCAAUGUUUGCUAUAUCAAAUACAGAAGGAUUUUUGCAUAAAAACUUCAAAGGUGAGUGGUAUGCAGUAUGCAAAUACCCCUACAUGUGGGCCCAUGACGCUUGCCUCCGAGAGACUGGACUCAUAAUAAGGCCACCAAUCAUAGAAGUGUUACCGAUCGAUCCUUUUCUCAAAGUUGAUUAUUUGAGCACAGAACCUGGGGGAGUGAUAGAAACGAGUAAUACGUGUUUGAACUCAUCAGCAAUUUACGUGACAUGUCCCGAUUUACUCUGUGGAACAAGAGUGAUGACCACGUCACAGCUACUAAGAGAGGACGCUGCAGCAGAAAACCAACUUUACGGCCGAAAUAAGAGACAAGAUCGAUCAUUCCCCUUUUCCAUGCUUCACAGUCUUGUAAAACGAGACACAUCUGAACCAUUAUCUACCGUGUCGAACUCUAAUAAUUACAAAGAGAGGAAUAAGAGGUCGGAAAGUAGAGUAGUUGGUGGUAAAACCAGCAAACCUGCAGCGUGGCCUUGGAUGGUAGCCAUGUAUAGAGAUGGUACCUUCCAUUGUGGUGGGGUUAUUCUUACACAAUCCUGGGUUAUGUCUGCUGCUCAUUGUGUUCAUAAAUUCUGGGAGCAUUACUAUGAGAUACAAGUUGGCAUGUUACGACGGUUUUCCUUUUCGCCACAAGAACAAAAUCGCCUUGUUACACAUGUGAUCGUUAAUCACAAAUACAGCAAAGUAGAUAUGAAAAAUGACGUGUCACUCUUGAAAGUGAAGCCGAGUAUUCAAUUUGGUCGAUGGGUCCGGCCUAUUUGUCUUCCUGGGCCAGAGACGGCUGGACCUCAUUGGUUGUGGGGUCCUGCACCUGGUACAAUAUGUACAGCUGUUGGUUGGGGAGCUACAGUUGAACAUGGACCUGAUCCCGACCACAUGAGAGAGGUAGAAAUACCAAUAUGGACAAAAUGCAAACACCGGGAAGAUCAAGAAGGCAAAGAAAUUUGCGCAGGUCUUAUCGAAGGAGGAAAAGAUGCUUGUCAGGGCGAUAGCGGGGGGCCACUUCUGUGCAAGAACCCAUUGAACUCCCAACAAUGGUACAUGGCAGGGAUCGUAAGUCACGGUGACGGAUGUGGUCGCAAAGACGAGCCGGGUGUUUAUACGCGAGUCAGUCUCUUUGUAAAAUGGAUCAGAUUUCAUAUAUUUUCAAAAUCUUUGCCCACAAUACAACCUAAACAAGAGUGUCCUGGUUUCAAAUGUAUAUCGGGAAUUUCAAAAUGUCUUCCAAUGAAAAGAAUGUGCGACAAAAUAGUUGAUUGUCUUGACGGAGAAGACGAAAUUAAUUGUAGUUCUAUGAGAAGUACUUCGUCUUUAACAGACUCGUUUGUAUCUACAUCAAAAGAUAGCAUCUUUGAAAGAAAGGGAAACUUAGAUACAAACAAAGCUGAAAAUAGCUCAUCAGAAGAAUCAUCAUCAAAUGAAGAAUCGCAUAAAGACCAAGUUGAGACAAUUCAUGACGCACAGAGUAGUGAUUUAAAAAAUAAUCAUAAAAUAGAAUCUAUGGUUGCUACUGUAUCACAAACCAAUACUACCGACACGUUACCUACACAACAAACAAUCGAAAUUGAUAUGUCAACAACUUCUACAAAUACUGAUUUUAUAAAAGUGUCAAAUAUGGAAAAUUCAAAGAGAAAUUCAUUUGAAUUUAAUUUAACUAGUUCUGAAAACAUAGAAGACAUAACUGUAGAUCCUAAUAGAUCAGCUACAAAUGACGAAGAAAACAAUAAUCGAGGAGAUAUACAAUCGUUUAUUGCGUCCGUUUCAAAAGAAUCACUAGAGUCAAGAUCUUCAAUUUUAGGAAACAAAGAAGCUGACAUUCAUGAAGAUCUUAGCGAUACACUAAAUAUGAGCUCACCAACAUCAUUUAGUACUACAACUAUAGAAUCUCCGACACCACAACAUGGAGAGGCUUUAGUUCAUAAUGCAAGCAUUCAAAACACAAGUGACAGUAACCACGAGUUUAAUGUUUCAGUUCGUAAACCAAAUCAAACUGCAGAAACAAACUCCAGUACUCAUUUGUCUAAUCUUCUCGAAAAUGAAAAUAUCGAAUUGGAAUCAAAAGAUAUAUUAAUAGAUCUACCAGAUCAGUCAGUUACAAAUAAUGAAGAUAAUUCUACAGAAUCUGAAGCUAAACAUUUAUUUUCUCCUGACAAAAACGGUAUUCUUGAUAAAAUAAAGGAUAUUAUAGCAUCUCAGCUCCAACCAGCAAAACAGAAAAUUAAACAUCUUAUUCCUAAUACAUUUGAAUGUCAACGUAUUUUCCAAACAGUACCAUAUUCUGAGCGAUGCGAUCGCAAAGCUGACUGUGAAGAUGGCACUGACGAACUUAGCUGCACAUGUCUUGAUUACCUCUCAAGAUUUGAAAAUAAACUUAUUUGUGACGGCAUUUUAGACUGUGCUGAUGGACAAGAUGAAGUAGAUUGCUAUACCUGUGCUGAAGACCAAUUUUUAUGCAAGAGAAGCCAACUUUGUUUACCAAAUAAAUAUGUUUGUGAUGGCAAACCACAAUGUCCUCAGGGUGAAGAUGAGUUAGACUGCUUUGCUUUAACGAAUGGCCAAACUAUAGCAUAUGAUUUCGAUGCCCGACCAGUAGUAAACUUGGAAGGUUUUCUUACAAAAAAACAUUUAAACGACUGGCAUGUCGUUUGUGACGACAACUUAUCCAUCAAACAACAGGAACAAGCUGCUCUACAUAUUUGCCGUUACCUAGGAUUCAGUUCCGUUAACCGUUACCAUGUAAAGCAUAUCAACAUAAACGAAGACGAUAUUUUACAAACGAGAUCUUCAAUGGACAAGAGAAACAGAAGACACGCCAAUAAAAUGCCAAUUCAUUUUGCCUAUAGAACAGUUGAAGAAAACGCAGCAAGGCACAUUGUAAUCAAGGAGCCUACAGUUCUGAAAGAGCACUGUGUGCCGAACGUUACUAAGACUUGUCAAUCUCUUUACGUAUUUUGCGAGCAUUCUCUUUAUAACAGCUUCGAAGUUUCUAAUGAAGUUAUAUAUCGAUCAGCCGAUGACACGACACACAUGUGGCCUUGGGUUGCUAAAAUAUUUGCUGAUGGAGAAUAUAAAUGUACGGGCAUUUUGGUUGAUUUGUCAUGGGUAUUGGUCAGUGAUUUAUGUUUUUGGGACACAAUGAUAACCCACCAAAUGGUAACCACUGUCCUUGGAUCUCACCGGACCUUAAGUGGUACAAAGGGAAUGUAUGAACAGACGUAUGAAGUUGAUUAUUUUAAAGAUAUGUAUCAUAAACGAGCAGCACUUUUGCAUUUGAAGAACCCAGCAUUUUAUUCUAAUUUCGUCAAACCUAUGGUUGUUUCAUCAUCUGCAGCGCAUAAUGAAAAGCCUUCAAUGUGCGUAGCAUUAGGUCAAGAUGAAAAAAACAAUACAGUAGGCUUGUUCUUGGAAGAAACAAACGAGAACUGCUACCGUCACUCCCGAUGCUUCGUCAGUAGCCGUCAGAACAUGUCGGAGAAUGUUUGCGCUCCGAAUAUGGUAAGCAAUCGCCAAUGGGCGGGCAUCAUAAGUUGUCUCACAGAGCAAGGCUGGUAUCCCGCUGCUUCCUUUGUCGAUAGCCGAGGCGAAUGUGGAGUAGGAGACAAAAUUAUUGGCACUGAAAUCGACGGACUGCGUAAUGAAAUGAAAAUUUUUAUGGAAACAGCACGGUCAGUACCGGACUCUACCGAAAACAACGAAUUAAAAGAAUGCAAUGGCGAGCGAUGUGGGCGAGGAAAAUGUAUCAAUUUGCAACAAGUCUGUGACGGUAUAAGCCAUUGUGAAGAUGGAAAGGACGAAGACGAAGCAGCCUGUGAAAAGAAAAAUAGACUUUGCACUAGAGAACCUUACAAUGGUGGAUGUGCGUGUUCGUUCGGCCAGAUGAAAUGUCUCAAUGGUAAAUGCAUAGCCAAAGAGCUAUAUAAAGAUGGAAGGGAUGAUUGUGGAGACAACAGCGAUGAGCCUCCGCAGAUGACAUGUGCUCAAUAUUUAUCAAGAGUCGAACCUGGGAGAGUUUGCGAUGGAAUACUCCACUGCAAGGACAGGAGUGACGAGGACCCCACAUACUGCAAAUGCUUUGCAAAGAAGACCUUUUUCUGCAACAAAGGAUACAAAAACGUAGAUCACUGUGUAGCCGAGGACAUGGUAUGUGAUGGGAAUAGAGACUGUCCUAACGGAGAAGAUGAACAGUUCUGCAUUGGUCUUGGUGCUCCUCAUGGAUACGGACCCGGCAAAGGUCAAGUUAUAAUCCGCUCCCACGGCGUAUGGUAUUCAAAAUGCUACCCCACACAGAACCACACGAAAUCUGAACUUGAAAAUAUUUGCAGACAACUAGGCUUCAUUAGUGGACAUGCAAAAAAAAUCGAACUACCGCCGAAUGCCAUACAAAAUUAUAAUAAUAUUCUAUUAGAUCAAUUUAGUGAAAUUGUACUGAAUAACAGUACGAGAAUUUCCAUAAGAAAUUCGGAUGAACCUAUUGCUACACCGAUUCUAGACAAUAGCAUAAAGAAUUGUUACCCAGUGUUAGUGGAAUGUUUGUGAAUUCCACAUAUUUUACAUACAAUUGUCAAGUAAAUAUUUAAGGCAAAUAUUAUUAAUUUAUUGAUAUUUAUGUAACAAUAAUAAAAGUAACCU